AUGUCACGCCGAUCGAUAUUCUCAGUGUCAUGGCCUCUCCACCAGCCUUUGCUGUUGGCAUUGGCCAUUGCUUCACCAACUCACUCUCGGUCGUCCAGCUCUCCCGCGAAACAUUUCCCCGCUACGGCCGACAUCCCGGGAUUCUCACUCAGGCUCGGACCUGAAACGGCGAGUGUGUGCAAUAGCUCAACUCCCGGUGUCGCCGGCUUCAUUGAUAGCACUGAAGGCGAUGAUGAGAAUCAUAUCUUCUUCUGGCUCUUUGAGAGUAAACAUCGGCCUUCUAAUGAUCCCGUAAUACUAUGGAUGUCUGGUGGCCCAGGAGCGUCCUCCACAGGUUAUGGCAACCUCAUGGAACUAGGCCCCUGUCGCAUCGCGCCCGAGGGCGGGUACACCAUCGACAACCCGUACGCUUGGAACACGAAUGCAACCUUGGUCUUUGUCGACCAGCCAGUGAGUGUUGGCUACUCAACAGGAUCCAAGAUACCCAAUGGUCUGCAAGAAGCAUCUCAAAUGAUGGAUCGCUUUCUCCGUCAACUUAUGAUCGCCUUUCCCCAGUAUUCAGACCUUGAUUUCUACAUCGCUGGAGACUCUUACGGUGGGUCAUGGGUGCCGGCUCUGGCCUCAACGAUACUUGACAACGAGGCAAUUUCUCGCAACCAAGACCCCCACAACCUCGGCAGUCACUCCGCUCCUACAGAGCUUUUAGUUCAGGAUGACGAGCGCCAUCGGGCAGGAGAUCAUUCGCCAAUCCAACUACCUUUGCGGGCCCCGCGUAUUAACUUGAAGGGGAUUCUCAUCGGCAAUGGACUGGUACGACUUCGCGUUCAGAAUCCAGGAACUUUCGAAGCGCUUUGCUCUGGACCUGAUAGCCUUCUCAGCACCUCACAGUGUAUCGAAUGGGCUCCAUUGAACCUAUGGUGUGAGGAAAAUUUGGGUGUCUGCGAAGGGACGCGCGAUGAUGAAGGAUGGACAUCCCGAGCGUGUAUCGAAACUCAUGAAAAGUGCUCCUCCAUGAGUGGCUAUGUGGUUGAGAGUAUGAAGCAAAACCCCUACGACUGGAGACGAAGUUGCGGUGACGGCCCUUCGGAAGAGUGCUACGCUGAGCUGGGCCAUAUCGACGCCCCAUUGAACCAGACCAAGGUCAAGGCUGCCCUUGGAGUUGACGAGGAUGCCUCAUUUGAUGGAAUCUCGUAUGAAGUCCUCAAGCAGUGGGAGAGCGUGGGUGACUUGUGGAAGUCUAGCGAUGGGUACGUUAAUAGGCUUCUAAAUGAGAGCAUUCGCGUUCUCGUAUAUGUGGAUGACAAGGAUUUGUACUGCAACGCAGCUGGAAUGCGACGAUUACUCAACGAAGGGCUUGCUUGGCAUGGCCACCCCUUCUUCCGCUUUCGAGAGAUGAUACCUUGGUACCAUGAGGCUAAACAAGCUGGGAGGUGGAAGUCUUACAAAGAACUUACCUACGCCGAGAUUUUCAACUCUGGUUACUUGGCUCCGUUUGACCUGCCAGCUGAGUCUGCCUCACUCGUCAAUUCUUGGCUUCAAGAUGGACACCCGCCGGUGCAGUAA